CAGCUCUGUGUGUUGUGGGGUCAGCUGUCACUAAGGAAGUGGUAGGAGGACAUGUCAUGUUCGGCUGCUCGUUCACGUUGGCAGGGAACAACAACAAAUACUUCUGCAAGGGGACAUGUUCUGGUAGAGACAUUCUGGUUGAAACUAAGAGGAGCAAGAAUGUAACUCAAGGUAGAUACAGUAUAGAAGACAAGGGAGAUGUAUUCUAUGUGACCAUCAAGAGCCUGAUGAAGACAGACUCUGGGACCUACUGGUGUGGAGUGGAGAGAUCUGGCCUAGACUCAUACCAAAAGGUGCAUCUCACAGUUACAGAUGCUCCUCCCACUUCUACAACCUCACCUGUCACCUCCCGACGCCAUGUCUCCACAUCCCUUCCAAACCUCUCUACAACCCUCCCAAACCUCUCUACAACAUCCUCUAACCUCUCUACAACCCUCCCAAACCUCUCUACAACAUCCUCUAACCUCUCUACAACCCUCCCAAACCUCUCUACAACAUCCGCUAACCUCUCCACAACGUUUCUGGCAUCUGGAGAUAUCAGUGGUCCCUCUUCAUCAAGAGCAGGUCUAAUGGUGUGGACCAGUGUUGGUCUGGUAGUCAUGGUGACAGUGUUAGGACUGGUCCUGCUCCUGUUCUACAGACAGAGGAGAGGAACCAGGAGAACACCACCACCACCACCAGUCUCCUCCAACACACAACCUGACCCUGCUGGAGAGGUUGACUGUGUGUAUGAGGAGAUCAGAGAGGCAGACAGACAGACAGACACACUUCCUGUGGUCAUCUCUUCAGUUAACUCCACUGUCAACUCACCUACCAACUCUACUACCUACCCUGCUGGCCAAGCAAUCGGUGUCCCAUACUGUGACAUCUAUGCUAACGCUAGCUGCCACAAAGAUGAUAUAAAUCCAAGUCAUUCUACUGCAGAUCACCCAGAUUCUCUCAUCUACUCCAGUGUGGAUCUACCUAAAGAUUCUAGAGUCUCUUCAAGUCCUCCAACAGCCAGUGGAACCCAGGAUGAUUCCAUCUAUUCUACAGCCCAGCUACCCAAAGAUACUGUAGAAUCUACAAGAUACCCUGCUGUGCACCUCUCUAAAGACACUCCAGAAGAUUCCCUCUACUCUACAGCCCAGCUACCCAAAAUAAUAUAGUACUUUUGAAUCUCUACAAGGGAUACAUCCCAAAUGACACCCUAUUAUCUAUCCCCCAUAUGGACCCUGGACAAAGGCAGUGCUCUAUAGGGAACAAGGUGCCAUCUGGGAAGAAGAGAAGCUUCCUGUAGAGAGAUGAAGGGUUGUCACCACAGAGCCGCCAUCUUGGAAUGACAUUAAAAAAACAAUCCCAUUCAUGUUUCAAAUCCUCCUUGACAUAUUGUAUUAAAACAGGUCAUGCGAUUUUAUUGAAUAUAAUCUAUGUAAAAUAUGAACAUCUGGCUUUAAAAUCACUUUUAUCUCCAGAUUUUGUGAAAGUCAAGCAACAUUUUUGCAAAUAUUUGUGUAAAUAUGUGUUUGUCAAAGCAUAUUGGAUUCAUUUUGUUUGUUAUAAUAAUGAAGACAGUAAUGCCAUAAUAGUCAGUUGUACCUUUGAGAUUUACAUAUAUGUUUAAAUCAGUGUAAAUGUGGAGUGUUUGUGUGUGUUUGUUCAUGUGCGUGUUUGUGUGUAGUGUGUGUUUGUCAGUGUGUGUGUGUAGUGUGUGGUUGUCAGUGUGUGUGUGUAAUGUGUGUUUGUCAGUGUGUGUGUGUGUGUGUAAUGUGUAGUGUAGGGAGUAGUGUAGGGUGUAGUGAAGGUACUGUAACAGGAGUAGUGAAGGUACUGAGACAGGAGUAGUGUAGGGCUUAGUGAAGGUACUGUAACAGGAGUAGUGUAGGGUGUAGUGAAGGUACUGUGACAGGAGUAGUGUAGGGCUUAGUGAAGGUACUGUAACAGGAGUAGUUUAGGGUGUAGUGAAGGUACUGUAACAGGACUAGUGUGCGGUGUAGUGAAGGUACUGUAACAGGAGUAGUGUGCGGUGUAGUGAAGGUACUGUAACAGGAGCAGUGUAGGGUGUAGUGAAGGUACUGUAACAGGACUAGUGUAGGGUGUAGUGAAGGUACUGUAACAGGAGUAGUGUAGGGUGUAGUGAAGGUACUGUAACAGGAGUAGUGUAGGGUGUAGUGAAGGUACUGUAACAGGAGCAGUGUAGGGUGUAGUGAAGGUACUGUAACAGGAGUAGUGUAGGGUGUAGUGAAGGUACCGUAACAGGGGUAGUGUCGGGUGUAGUGAAGGUACUGUAACAGGAGUAGUGUAGGGUGUAGUGAAGGUACCGUAACAGGGGUAGUGUCGGGUGUAGUGAAGGUACUGUAACAGGAGUAGUGUAGGGUGUAGUGAAGGUACCGUAACAGGGGUAGUGUCGGGUGUAGUGAAGGUACUGUAACAGGAGUAGUGUAGGGUGUAGUGAAGGUACCGUAACAGGGGUAGUGUCGGGUGUAGUGAAGGUACUGUAACAGGAGCAGUGUAGGGUGUAGUGAAGGUACUGUAACAGGAGUAGUGUCGGGUGUAGUGAAGGUACUGUAACAGGAGUAGUGUCGGGUGUAGUGAAGGUACUGUAACAGGAGUAGUGUCGGGUGUAGUGAAGGUACUGUAACAGGAGUAGUGUAGGGUGUAGUGAAGGUACCGUAACAGGGGUAGUGUCGGGUGUAGUGAAGGUACAUGUCACAGGAAUUUCAUAAUUCCUACAUGUGUUCAUCAACCAAUUCAAUUAAAAUCACUCUGUCUGUUUCUAAGAA